GUUUCGAGCUUUCUUUCUCUUGUUCACCGAACACGAAGACCCGAAAAGAUCAAAGUUUCUUCCAAAUUCUUACCGGAUUUGACCAGAAAAACACCACGAUCGAACAUGUUCUCGAGGUUCCUAGACACAGCAAAGAACAGUCCCUUUGGUAGCCCUGAGACAAUUGAAAACCUUUCUACAGAUGUGGCACCGAUGAGGAAUUCUCGAAGACUCAUGGCUUCAGCCGCCGCUGAGGAGACAAGCUGUGAGUUUGGCAGCAUGAAAUACUAUGCAUUAUGUGGAUUUGGUGGUAUCUUGAGCUGUGGUAUCACACAUACGGCUGUUGUACCUCUUGAUUUGGUCAAGUGCAGAAUACAGGUUGACCCUGCCAAGUAUCGCAACAUUGUUCAUGGAUUCAAAGUUACAUACGGUGAAGGAGGUGCGAGAGGUCUUGCUAAAGGUUGGGCACCAACAUUUAUUGGUUACUCAAUGCAAGGCCUCUGCAAGUUUGGCUUUUAUGAAGUAUUUAAGAUCCUUUAUGGAAAUCUUAUGGGAGAGGAAAAAUCAUAUCUUUACCGAACAUCCCUGUACCUGGCGGCAUCUGCCAGUGCUGAAUUCUUUGCAGACAUUGCUCUUGCUCCCAUGGAGGCUGUAAAGGUAAAGAUCCAGACCACCCCUGGAUGGGCUAACACCCUUAGAGAAGGUGUGCCUAAGUUAUGGGCUGAUGAAGGAGUAAGAGGAUUUUACAAAGGUCUUCCUCCACUAUGGAUGCGACAGAUCCCAUACACCAUGAUGAAGUUUGCUUGUUUUGAAAGAACAGUAGAGUUCUUGUACAAAUAUAUCGUACCUAAACCAAGGAGUGAUUGUUCCAAACCCGAACAGCUUGUCGUCACAUUUGCUGCUGGUUAUAUUGCUGGUGUAUUUUGUGCCAUUGUCUCCCAUCCUGCUGACACAGUGGUAUCCAAGCUAAACAACCAGCCAGGAAGCUCCCCAAUGCAGGCUGCCAGAGAGCUUGGAAUGGCUGGUUUGUGGAAGGGUCUUGGCCCCCGUAUCGUCAUGAUUGGCACCCUGACUGCCCUACAGUGGUUCAUCUACGACUCGGUGAAGGUCUUCUUCCGUCUGCCACGCCCACCACCACCAGAAGAACCUGAAAGCUUGAAGAGGAAGCGCCUUCAGCAGCAGGCUGCCUAAAGGAGCUUAAUUUUACCCUUGAUCCCCUUCACCUCUGUUCUAUUUUUACCGACCUUUUGUGUUUUUUACCAGCUUCUUUUCUUAACUCAAAUAACUUGGAUUCUCUUUAUUAUUAUUGUUAUUAUACUGCUAUAGACCAUUUUGUCCGGUUCAAUGGUCAUGAAAUACCGUAAUAAUCGAUUGACUAGCACACAAUACAGCACAAAUGGGGGUUUCCAGUAAAUGCUAUAACUAAACUUCGUUUGAUAUAAAUAGAAAAUACCUGGAUUGAAUGAAUGUUAUGGAAUGAGGUGAAUGACUGACCAUAUAUGGUCAAAGUGUGGAUAUUCUCAUUGGAUUUGACAUGCGCAAUUAAAUAAAAAAUAACAAAUAAAGUA